UCUAGUCGAAGUCAUAAACCAGCACUGAGUAAGAGGGACAUCAAAUCUGUCAAAUUGAACGACGGUAUUUCACCAGGGUCAGAUAAAGAUUAACUUCCAUCAAAUUUCAAGAUGGUAUCUCGGUGCGUUAUGUUGGUCGCUGUGAUGGCGAUGGUGGGUCUCGCCAUGAGCAGCUGUCCCAAUGUGCCCUGGGGGGAACAUGGCAAGCCAUACUUCACUGAUCAAAAGUUCCCAUCCAGACCAUUGACCGAGGCAUCGACGUACUGUCAGAACUGCGGCAUGCAACUCUGCACACUGGCUCAAAUGCAGGAAGCUUACAUCAAUGGCUUCAGAUCGCAGCAAUGGGGUAUGUUCGAAAAGCUGGGAUAUGACACAAGUGCCUUUGCCUGCGGAAAGUACGUCGCCCGAAAAGAAUGCUAUGUCGUGUUGAACUCUCCUGGCGCCAAGCCAACCGGGAUUAUUCCCGUUACUCCUCGUGUGGGAUCUGUUGUAAACGCGUGGUGUUGCGGCAAGUAAAAAUUGGACCACGUCACAGGAAACUCAUAGACUUGACCCAAAUCCCAAUCCGCGAGUCCUUUUAUUUUCAGUCCCAUCGCCCAAUGACAGAAAACUCCCCAAACCUGGACGUGUCCCCCCCCCAACCUGUGCCAUUCUCGGGAACACAUUUGCUUUCAUUUGACGGCGGUAUGCCCAGGGACCUCUCGCACGAGAACGGGACUUGAAUCAAGUCUAGAAACUCGAUUGAUGGGUGAACCACCCGUCGGGCCAUUUCAAUUUUAUGUAUAUCAAAAUGUCCACUCUCGUAGUCCUUUUCAAUGGGAAUUUUUGUUCUUCUUCUAAAUCGAUAUAAAACUAGGAAUCCUUAAAAAUAACUAUCAGUAAAAUCUUUGAGGAUGGCAAUUCUAAUGUACGGGGUAAAACAACUUUGCACCCGGUGGCCCCAAACGGUCUUAACCAAGACCGCUGGUAUGAGCUGAUGAACUUGUACAAAUUAUUGAUCAGGAUGAGGUAAUGCAUGAUCCGGGAAUGGUUGUAUUCAUGCUGAUCGACACAAUGCGCACAAUCACAACACGUAUCACACAAUGAUACACGUCACCGUGAUAGCCCUCCACUUUUUAAACCCAGGAUAGCCUACAAGAUGUUCAGGCCCGAUUUCACAAAGAUCCCAGAAUGAUCUUGGAUAGCUGCAAAUUAAUCGUAGUUGCUAAGUAAAAUGUGAUGUCACAAUACAAAUCACCGACACUAGUAAUUUGUCUUGCAAUGAAUUAUAUUGCUUUGUGAAAUCGGCCCCAUGUCAGCUAUUAAUUGCGAUCGAACCCACUUUUAGUAAAAGGCAAAAAUGACAAUAAUUUUGUUCAAUGGAUUUAUAUAAAAUAGUUACAUCAAUAAAUCUAUACAGGUCGAAUCUUUCGUAAACAGGAAGAUGUGACCUGUAGUCUAGGUCAGAAAAAAUGGUCUUAUGUCUUUUGGUUUAGAGUUUACUUUUAAUUACAGUUAGGGUAAACACAUUUUCAUUUUAACCUUAUCGGUAGCGUUUUAAGGUGGAGGAACUUUAGUGGUAGAGGAGUUGUUAAUGAGAUCUGGAAAACCAAGUAUCAAAUUUUACUAAUUAAAUUUAACUUCAAAAAAAAUCAUAUUAAUGUGGCCUCAGUUUAUAGUCAACAUCUAACAACAAAUCGUAUAAUAUUAUCACAAGAUUUUAUCUGGACUAUAUUCAAUUUCACGAAACGGAGCCGAGUGAAAUGGAAUUGCAAUAUUUGAUCUCGUGAUACGUGACACGACAUUGCCUCGUUCAAACAAACGGGCGGGGAACGAUUAUGUUUGGGAACGAUGGUGCAAUGUGACUAAAGAGAUACUCAUUAUUAGAGUGCAUUGUCGCAGCAGUAAAUGAAUGGCAAAAAUAAUGGAUGACACGUGACGUGUGUUCCACCAAUCAAAUGACAAGAACAUAUCUUUGUUGGUCCAGUAUAAUUUGUUGUAAGAUAUAUCGAAUUAGUAUCCGUCUGUGGGAAUGUUGGCUUAUAUGAAUAACUAAUGGAUAGACCUACUUUAUGUUGAACUAAAACAGUUGUUCUCAUUUUAACGAAGAAUGUAUAAAUUAAAACAAGUUGUUAUUCACAUAAUAUUGCAGUACAAAUAAAACUAAACACCAGCAACAACA